AACACCCACCAUUUGUGUAAUUGGGUGACUUGAGUGAACCAUACCUCCACAUCAACAGAUCCACAACAGGAUGUUGGAGAUUCAAAUCUAAAUCAUACGGCAGCAAAACACUUUUAGCACCGAUGGAUAGGUUUCGCCCGCAGGGGCUCAAUAACUUGUAACUUACAGUCAAUUAAAACAACUUUUAACCACUUGUACACGUAAUUAAGAUCAUGUCUGCUACUCAUCUGUUUCCGUGCUUUUUCCCAAGUUUACACUCCAGCAACCAUCACCUACAAGAGUUCAAGCAAUCAAAGUUCAUGAAUCAUUCCAAAGGCUUCAACGGAAUUUCGUUGCAGUUUUCAAAGAAAAUCACAAAAACCCAAGCUCAACGCGAGUCAAAAGAAUUAAGCAAAUCUAAUGGUUUUACAUUUUCCGUUCCUUCGUUAAAGAAAUUAUUUCUUCAAGCUGCUGUGGGUGUCUUUGCAUUGGGUUUUAUCGAUGCCGGGUACAGUGGCGACUGGUCUCGUAUUGGGGUAAUUUCCAAAGACGUUGAAGCAGUAUUAAAGGUGGCUGCAUAUUUUGUGGUUCCACUAUCUGUUGGGCUCAUCUUGUUUUUGUCUCGUGAGAAAAAAUAAUCCCAUUUCUUAAAAGCUGCCUUGUUAAAUAAAAAAUUAUUUUUCAUUUUAUAAUCAAGUAAGGGUACUGCUUUAUUUCUGCUUGAAUUAUAUUGUCAUACAGAAACUAUUCUUCUUGAUAAUGAAUAAAUGUUUUGUCAA